GGUCCGUGCUUGCGGCUUUCGAUGGCGCGUGCCUCAACAAGCUGCGAGACUGGGCCGACAUGUUGCUCGUGGCGCCGCUGUCGGCCAACACGCUGUCCAAGCUGGCCAACGGCUUGUGCGACAACCUUGUGACCUGCGUGGCUCGGGCGUGGGAUUUUAAGUCGAAGAAGAGCUUCGUGGUUGCCCCUGCCAUGAACACGCACAUGUGGGAACACCCCAUGACGAACCGGCAUUUAUCCGCCUUGACGGAGUUGGGUGUGGCAGUCGUGCCACCAGCUUCCAAGAAAUUGGCUUGUGGAGACGUGUUGGAGCGCUGGCUGACGUGCAGGAUGUGUGUGACAUGGCAAAGCAGUGCGUUGGGGGAAUCGUUCCACCACCAAGAUGACGGCAAACGCCGCAAUGUGGCAUCUUUCGGUUUGGUUCUAGAGAUCACGGCAGUUGUCAUUUUUGAGGGCUUUCAGCGCACCGGCAGUGUGAUCUAGAGCUGUACCCUUAAGCUCGACCGUGAUAGAUAUUGGUUGCAGCAAUUGUUUGUGUGGAAGGAGGCGGUUCGGGGGUACACACCUCAAGAAAUGUAGUUCAGACACCUUCCUUCCUGGGCCUACAAUCGAUGUCAUGGCUCUUGUUGUACAACGUGUGUUGUGCGGCAUUUGGAAAAGCGCCAGAUAGAUGUGCCCUGUGGUUCUUGUGCUCUGUCACCCGUCAUGUCGCC